AUGUCAGCUGAAAAGGAAGAAGGUCUUGCUCGAUUAAUUCUUAAUUUUGCGGCAAACACUAGAAAGGUCUCAAAACAAAAAAGAACUAAGGGCUAUCUUGUGGCCAGAAGGAAUCUACUGGCUGAUUAUUGGAAGCGCUACAAUGACUUCCGUGACGACAUUUCUGCAGCAGACGUUAUUGAAGGCGAAGAGGGCAAGGUUAAGACGACAUUAAGUGAAGCUCGUUUGGCAACAAUAGAAUCGGCAUACUGCGAAGCACUAGGUGAAAUACAUGAUGAAAUCGAAGAAUUUGACAAUCAUCGUAGUGAAAAUCAUCCAGCAACCAUACUCAAUCAUACAUGCGGUGGUUCUACAAAUACAUCAGCGUCAAAGCUUCCGAAGAUUAUUCUGCCAAAAUUCGAUGGCUCGUUUCAAAAAUGGUUAAGUUUUAAAGAUAUGUUUACAACAUGCAUUAUAAAUGAAGCUUGUUUGUCUGAUGUACAACGUCUGCAUUACUUAAAAGGCAGUUUACUAGGUGAAGCCGAAACUCUUCUUCGCAGUAUUAGUAUCCAGGAAAACAAUUUUGCUAUAGCCUGGGAUAUGCUCCAACAACGUUAUAACAAUAAGCGACGCCUUGUCAAGUCUUAUCUGCGCAAUAUCACGAAACUUCCGGCGAUAACCAAUGAGUCAGAUAGCGUCAUGCGAAAACUUUUGGAUACUACCACAGAAUCAGUCCGCGCAUUAAAGCAACUAGGACGGCCAACAGAACACUGGGAUGACUGGCUUGUUCUACUUGUAACCGAGAAGUUAGACCCAGCGACAGUAAAACAGUGGGAAAUGUCUUUGGAAUCUCCGAAUGUGUUACCAGAAUAUACAACUCUGGUGCAGUUUUUGGAAAAACGUAUUCAGGGCAUAGAAGCAGCUUCGUCGGCUUCCAAACCCAAAACUAAAGAACCGUCAUCUAAUAAUAAGUCAACAGCUCUGACUUCCAUUCGCAGUCAUCAGACCAAUGUAGGUCGUUGCCUAUGUCGCUCAGUCAUCUAUCCUUAA